AUGGUCAAGCGCAUCACAGGAAACGGCCUCGGCGUCAAUCUCCUCAAACUCCACGGUACACUUGAGCUACGGUUUACUGCCGACGCCACCUAUACCGUCUUCCACAAACUUCAGUGCGAAGACACUGUAGACACCGAACAGAUAGAGCAGGAUCGCCUUGAGAUGUAUCUGGAAAAAGUCGACGGCAUCCUCGAUGUUACCUACAGAGGCGAAGGAGGCAGUAAGCUUUCCUUCAGGCACGAUGGCCGUGUGGUUGGGACCUAUGGAGUCGAUAACGGCGUCAAAACUGGAAAGCAGAACAAGAAACGACAUGCAACACAGGAGGAUACCAAGACCCAGACGCUCGGCAAAAAGACUCGCAGCAUCACAAUGCAGACAUCGACACCUCUUACCACCCACAUAGGUACACAGACCCGCUUGCCAAUCAAGGCCACUUAUCUCGACAAAAUAGCAGCAGAUACACCAACAUUCACAACAGCUGUAACGAUGAUCUUUGAUAAAUUCAACGAAUCUUAUGAUGCGUCCCACCUCAAACGCGAGGCCUCACCUCCCACUGACCACAAAGCCUAUACACACAUCUACAUCGAGGGCUAUCGAAACGCCGAAGAGGAUGGCGGUGGCCAAGAAGGGCGUCUUCAUAUCGAUCUCCUGAAUCACGUCCUGAUCUGGGAGUCAUAUAACGCAUACAAUCAAGGUGUAUGUGUGACACUUGACCGACUAGAAUUUCCAAAAUGUCUGUACAAAAUCCUGGCGUAUGGCGUGGUUGGUUACAGAAAGCUCGAGUCCAUUCACUGCUUCGGGGACUACCAAUUGUUUCUAUGCCUGCCUAAAAGUAGGCAUGGCGUAUUCACGAUGGACUACGAAAGCUUGGAAGCCAAAAUCUUCGGGACCACGGCUGAGAGCGGAAAUGACCGAUAUUACCUCACAGGAUGUGAGGGAAUUAAGAUUGCGGUUGCUGCGGCCCGGGAGUGUUUGGAGUGGAGGGAGAAAAACGGCGGUGGAGGAUUGAAAGUGGAGGAUGACGUGAUUUGCUUGGAGUGA